AUGAUCAAGAUGAUGGUAACCGUGGUGAUCGUGUUUACGUUCUGCUGGCUUCCCUUCAACUGGGAGGGGUAGUGAGAGUUCGCCGUCUUGAUGAAGCUGGAAGCGUCGUGGGACCUGCUGCCAUACUUCUGGUUCGCCUUUCACUGGCUCGCCAUGUCGCACAGCUGCUACAACCCGAUCAUCUACUGCUACAUGAACGCAUACUUCCGCAGCGACUUCAUUCUGGUGCUGCACGGCGUGCCGGGCAUGCAGCAGAUCUGCUGCCGCAUUAGUCACUCGCCGCCGGCCAUCACACGCAACGUGGGUUCCAGCGUUGCCCUCGUCGGUAAGUAUUAA